CAUGCAUGCACGGGAAGCGGGAAAAAAACCCCACAAACCUCCCGUCUACUAAGGCGUGAUAUAAUGUUAACGAGUAAAACGAACCGAUAGCACGAGACUUGCCUACUUACCGUUCUUACGACUUUUACUUCUUAUAUGAUGCGCAUGGAAUACGAAAUGUGGAAUGUACUGGUUCAUGUACUUUUUGCUGCGGUGUGGUGAAGGAUAUGUCCCUUGUACCUGGUUGCGGAAGAGGGAGGGAAGUCAUUUUUCGGUGAGGUGCAUAUGUGACCCUGGCUGGAGUGUAUUAAAUGUUGUAAUUGUUAAUAUUCUCUCUUCGGGUGGUUUCUUUAUUUUUUAUUCGUCGCAGAUCGGUUAUUGGAUAUAUAGACAUUCGUUUUCAUAUCAAGUAAUGAUUACCUAUACUGGAGCACAUUGGACUAACAAUGUCGCAAGAGCUCUGACAGGUUGCAUCAUCCAUCUAGACCAGAAUCAUCUCGGGAGAAUGAAAGGUGGCACAUAUUUGCACAUAUCUACGCGUUGUGGCUGAUAUCAUAUAACAACAGGAGAAAAAUAACAAAGGAGAAGAUUAAGAACAGACAAAAUCGAGAAGGAGACCACCGUGUUCUACAUUCAGAGUAUUAUCACUGCUCCCCCUUGACUUUGUCACCCCCGCCCCCAACGACAGACUUUUUGAUUAGGUGUAUACACCGGCCCAUCUACCGGGGGUUGUUGAUGUAGUCAGCGAG